UGCCAAUCUAGCGGUGCCAGCCGAUGAGCUAAUGCACGUACAGGUAGAAGAAGCAAAAAUUUUAGAAGAGAGUUUUCGUUGCCAGACGUCGCCAUCUUUAAGCAGCGCAGGAAAACGUACUUUACGGUGGCUUUAGGCGGAGCGAACAGUUGAAAAGAUAGCGAAACGUUAGAAAAGUGUGUGGCACAGCCAUUGAAACUAGUGUUGCGGAUUACCAUCGGCGACACCCCCCCGUAGAGCUUCCUGUGGAAAUCUGUCAUCAAACAAGGCAAGGUAGUAGCUGCACUGAGCCACCGAUUACAGCAAGUUCAUCAUAAGGCGACAAAGUAGUGAAGCACCACGAGGUUGUACGGACGGGGACCGGACAGUGGAUCGAACUUGUGAAACGAACAUUUGUAUUAGUUGAGCUGUAAAGAGGAAGAAUUUGGUGAAAAGACAGCCUAUCAAUCAGAAAACUUUCAACGUCACACAGCCUUGUUGCGUUCCUAUCCUAUUUUGCUUCACUUCCGGCGGUGCUGGAUGUUGUUGUUUUCCAGCAGAAAGGCGUUGCGACCGUUGUGAUCUGAAAUCGAAAGAAAAGGCUAAGCAAAAAAACCCCCAAGAGCAGCCACGUACGUACGGUGGCGGGCGACGGAACUCCUCCACUGUCGUCGGGUGUUUUGUAUUUCCUGCGCAACAGAACAGCACGCAGGUGCACCACAGGAGCGGUACAGGAGCAGCAGCAGCUGAAACAACGACCGCCGCAGAGCCAUGAGUGUGAUCAUUCGUCUGCAGAACCUGCCCUUGGCAGCGAAUGCGUCCGAUGUGCGCUCCUUUUUCAAGGGUCUGUCGAUUCCCGACGGUGGCGUCCACAUCGUUGGCGGUGCGCUCGGUGAUGCGUUUAUAGCGUUCAGCACCGACGAAGAUGCACGCCAAGCCAUGGCGCUUAAUGGAGGGUUCAUUAAGAAUGGACCAGUAUCGCUGUUGCUUUCGUCCCGUGCCGAAAUGCAGAAGGUGAUCGAUCAGGCCCGGAAGGCCGCCCUUGCCUACAUGCAGCUUAAACAGGCUGCUGCUGCAGCACCAGCACCGGCGGUGGCCACCGUGCCGCAGGUGGCAUUACCACAGACGACCAACGCCAGCUUACCGACGGCAUUAAUCGCCGGGAUACAUCAACCAGUGAAUCCCAGUUUGGCUGGGUUGUCUUCGACAGCGAAAGCGACAGCUGCCGCCGCCGCCGUACAACAACCUCAACCACCGGUAAUAUCGUUGGCCGGCUUUUUGGCGAAAGCUUCCGCCGGUCAGCUGAAUAAUGCAGCACCGACGCCCACCACCGCACCGGUAACCACCUCGUUCAGUCCACUGUUGGCGCAAGGAUCGGCCUACAACGAAAUACCCGGUUUGAGCUUUCUCUCUGCCGACGGGAGCGCUCCCGAUGACGUCUGCAUAGUUCCUCCGCAGCCGACGGCCGGCAAUAAUGGUUCGCUUAGCGGAUGGCUUUCGUCACUGACUGGAUCCGGUGCGAAGGGAGGAGGACCGAUGGUGAAUGAUGUCGUCGUUCCCCGGCCGAUCAUUGUGAACGAUUCGAGUCCGUGGAAAUUUUUGAAAAAGGAUCGUCGUAGCCGUAGCCGUUCCGUGUCACGCGACCGCGUCUACCGGAUAAGUAGCCGAUCGUCUUCCCGCGAACGUGGCGGCGGGCGUCGUCGCAGUCGCUCGUCGUCACGCGACCGAAGACAGAAGCGGGACGGUAAGAGUCGAUCUUCGUCCCGCGAACGUACCAGCCGGUGGUCACGCAGUUCGAGCCGGGAGUAUGGUCGAAACCGGCCGCGAAGCAGCCGCAGCCGUAGCUCCAGCCGUGAUCGCUUUGGACGUACGCGCCAACGAAGUCGAUCGCGGUCGCGUGAUCGACGCAGUCGCGACAGCACCAGCCGCGAUCGGUACGACGGCACAUCGAACGGUGGUGGUCGAUCGAACCGUGUUUCACGCUUUUCGGACCGAGCCACAUCCGAUUUCGUCGGUCAGCAGCAAUCGCAACAAAGUGCGAUGAACAGCGUAUUUGCGACGGGCAUGAACCACGCGGUUGAACCUAUCUACGGGCUGCAUACGAUCCCCGGCGGUAUGGAGGGGAGUCAUGGACGGUUCGGGUCAAACCAAGCGGGACACUUUUCGACGGUCAGUGGUAAAAUUUCACCCAGCCCGUUUGGGAACGGCAUGAUGAACGGUGGUAGCGUUUUUCGUAUGACAUCGCCCCUUCCGGACAGUGUGUACUCGGGCGGCAGCAUGAAACCGAACAGCGGUCUCAGCACGAGUGAUUUUGCGGUGAAGCUGUCGAACUUUGAGCUUUCCACGGGGUACGGUGACUUUCGGCGGUUCUUUAGAUCCGCCAAGAUCUCCACGCAAGGUAUCAAGAUGAUUAACGAUCAACAUGGCCGACGGACGGGCAUUGCUUAUAUUCAGUUUUUGAACAAAGAGGGCAAAAGUGCGCUGUUGCGCGAUGGUACGAUAAUGCGCCGGAACCGGGUAAGAAUCGAGUCCAUAACGGAUCAGGAGUUUGAAUCGGCGGUUGACUCGUUUAGACCGGGCAGUGAAACAAAGUCACAAGAUGCGUCAGGCUGGAGGGACGGCCGCACGGUUAAUCCCUGGGACAUGAGCCACGAAGACCCGCGGGGGGGAGGAGGAGGGUCGGAUGAUGCGAACGAGAGGUACCGCAAUCAACUGUCGGGUAACGAUGCAGCGGGAGGACAUGUCAGCACGUUGACGGUGUGGAACUUACCGUCGUUUACCACCGAGCAGGACAUUCUGAAGAUGUUUUCCGAUUUCACCGUCGUCGAGGUGCUGAUCGUACGCAACCAUUACUCACCGAAGCAGAUGGAUGGGUACGUGAAGUUCCACCGGCCGGAAGACGCCCGGGAAGCGUGGUCGCAGCUGCAUCGACACUAUAUCGGCAACAAGAAGGUGACGGUACGCGCCUGUGAGGAGAUUGACUACGAGGUAGCGAAGAAUGAGUACGAGAAUCCGGGGCUGGUGGAGGAUGAUGGUUCGGGUACCGAGCACCGAAACACUAACGGGCAAAACGAGCAGGAUAACGGUCCGGCAAACAACUCCGAUUCCGAGAAUAUGAAUGGAAACAAUUCCAACGGUCGCAACGGUAAUGGUCGGCAGGGUCGUGCCAGCAAGCAGGGCACACGAUGGGGUUCGGUUGAAAGGAAUUUGAACGACCAAAUUGAUAUGGCUGCUGCUGCUGCUUCGUCGAUGAAUUUUAUGGACGGCCAGCAACUAUUGGAUGGUGAUUCCUCCAGACCCAAUUCGGAGGCGAACAAUGCCUGGAACAAUCGUGACCCUCGACGGCUCCGGGACGACGAUUCGGGAGAUAACGGUGACGAUAGCAAUAGCAACUUCGGCAACAACGCCAACAUGAACCACGGCAAUAACUCUGUCCAACAUUCGCGUGAUCCUCGCAAACUGCACAGCCGGUUCGGUGGAGGUGGCGGCAAUUCCAGUGGGGACAACAGCGAGAUGUUCAAGCGCACUAACUGGCUGCUGCUGCGGAACGUGGACUUUCACGUGUACGAGGAGGACGUGUAUGCGUUCUUCGGUAACGAUGGAUUCCAGGCGAAAACGGUACUGCUCGUGCGCAACGAGCGUGGUGGCCGCACGGGCGAAUGUUUGGUGGAGUUUGGCUCACCGAGCGAAGCGCACCAUGCCGAAUCCAAAUCGUCGCAGAAUCUUGGCCGCCGGAAGGUAUUUGCCAGCCAUCUGGAUCGCGGCCAGGUUGCGGAUCUUAUGGCACGGUUCAACGCCAUCGCCCAGGGUACGCAGCCAUCGUACUGGUUGCCCGACCAUCUACAGAACGACAAUAAUGGCAAUAGCAACGGUGGACAGGACCAGUCUGACGAUGACGAUCCGGAGAAGAAUCAAGGUGUUGGCUGUGGACCGUACCGUACUUCGACGGUCGGCUUGCUAAACCUGGCAUACAAAACGACGGUGGAAGAUGUGCAGCACUUUUUCCAGGAGUUUAACCUGCCGCCAGAAAACAUUCGACGCCGGUUCCUGGACAAUGGGCAACCUACCGGGGAAGCAAUGGUACGGUUCCAGAACCACCACGAUGCGGAAAAGGCGCUGAACGAGUAUCAGAACAGACGGUUGUUCGGUAGGAACGUGCGCAUCCGAUUGAUCAAUGACGACUGAAAGGAGGAGAAGGGGGAGGAGGAGGGGGUUCCAUCGGAACCCGGAAAGCCCUAGUCUCUAGCCUAGCCUCUAGCAGCCGGGAGGAGCUUCGAUAUCCGGGAAUCGUCACGCAUCGAUCGGUUGACAGUUCUAGUUUAAGUUCCUCGGCGGAAAUCGGUCAUGCCCCGUCAGUUUUUGGAUAGCUCGUGAGAUAUGAAUUUCUCUACUGAUAGUGUAUUAUACUUAUAUUAUUACUAACAAAUAGAAUUUAAAUCUGUACAUAGUAAGCGAUAAGACAACGAAACGUCGUGGAUGCAUUGUGGUGAAUUGCAUCGUUUCAGUUUAAUAGGCGGACUACACUAAUUUUGUACAAUCGAUUAAACACCGUAAGUAUGUAUAAUUUAAAUUUUUUAAAUAAAUAAAGUACUUUCAAACUUA